UAUGAGAAGAGGGGAAGUCUAAUGAAGCCUGAGAGAGCAAAGAAGAGAGAUCUUAAUAGGACCUUCACACAAUGAAACAAAGAAGAAGCAGAGGGGAAAAGUUGUAAUUUAGGGAAUCAGCUACACUACUUACCAUAGGCUAUAAGACAAAGCCCCGAUAGUUGUUUGUUUAUAGAACUUUUUUAUUAUUGAUAAACCUAUAGUGAGCAACUCUUGUUCCUUUGAAGACGUUUUUUUUUACCUCAGCGAUCAGACAUAAUUGAACAGACAUGGCACCUUCUCUCCUGCAAGCUUACAGGAGGCGCUGGUGGAUGGCCGUGACAGCAGUGAUAGAAAACCUGCUGUGUUCAGCUGUGCUGCUGGGCUGGGGCUCCCUGCUCAUCAUGCUGAAGAGGGAGGGCUUCUACUCCCACCUCUGUUCAGUGAAUGACUCCGUGGUCGUGCAUGUGGGCAACUCCUCCGGUGGUGAGGCGGAGGAGUGGCUCAGCUGCGUGGACCAGGAGGAGAUGCUGAAUCUGGGCUUCACCAUCGGUUCCUUUCUGCUCAGCGCUACAACUCUACCACUCGGUAUCCUGAUGGACAAGUUUGGUCCACGUCCAAUUCGACUGGUGGGCAGUUCAUUGUUCGGCCUGUCAUGCAUUAUCAUGGCUGCAUCUGCCUACAACCCUCACCUUCUGUCAGCGCUCAUCUUCUUGGCUCUCUCCCUGAACGGCUUUGGAGGCAUCUGUCUGACCUUCACUUCCAUCACGCUCCCCAACAUGUUUGGUGCUCUGAGCUCCACCGUCAUGUCUCUGAUGAUCGGUUCCUACGCCUCCUCUGCUGUCACCUUCCCUGGUGUCAAGCUGAUCUACGAUGCAGGCAUAUCCUUCCGGGUGAUUAUGUGGAUGUGGGCGGGUCUCGCAGGGUUUGUCUUUUUCAACUGUUUUUUCAACUGGCCAACAGAGGGCUUCCCCACACCUGACGAGGUGGACUACAGUAAGAUACUCACAAUGCAAGAGCUGCCUUCAUCUGACCAGAAGAUUGCUGGAGAGACACUGGCCCAGAAAAAUGGGGACGUCAGACGCUCUACAGAGAAGCUUCCUAAUGGACCAGACCCUGCUCCCAAUGCCGUUCCCUUCCGCCGAUCGGUGUUCUCCCCUAUUUUCCUGUGGAGUUUGAUUACAAUGGGAAUGACACAGCUGAGGGUCAUCUUCUUUAUGGGGGCAAUGAACAAAAUGCUGGAGUUCAUGGUUAUCCACGGUCAAGACCAUCCAUCUGAUCAGAUGGUGGUUGAGGCAGAAGACAAAGUGAGUUUCUACUCAUCCAUUUUUGGCACUCUGCAGCUACUGUGUCUGGUCACAUGUCCUCUGAUCGGCUACAUCAUGGACUGGAAGAUGAAGGAGUGUGAAGGGGAGAAGGGCGUCACCUCAGGCACAGAGAAAGGAAAAAUGAGUGGAUCUAAAAGGGACCGUAAGAUUCAGAAGUUGACCAACGCCAUGAGGGCCUUCAUCCUCACCAACGUGCUGCUUAUCAUUUUUGGUUGCUGUUGUCUCAUUGAUAACCUGCCACUACAGAUUCUGACCUUUAUUCUUCACACUAUGGUCCGAGGUUUCAUCCAUUCCUGCUGUGGAGGCCUCUAUGCUGCUGUUUACCCAUCCAACCACUUUGGCACACUGACAGGCCUCCAGUCCAUGAUCAGUGCUGUGGUCGCCCUGUUGCAGCAGCCGCUGUUCAUCGCCAUGGUAGGACAUCUCCAUGGAGAUGCCUACUGGAUCAACCUGAGCCUGCUGAUCCUCUCAUUCGCCGGCUUCCUGUUGCCAGGUUACCUGUUCUACCACCGCAGAAACCUGCUGAGAGAAAAGGAGGCCAGAGACAAGCAACCUGCCAGUCAGGAGAUGCAGGCCCUCAAGCACUCUGAAGCUAACGGCUACAAACCUCACAGCAACGGCUUCGCUUCGGUGGAGGCUUAGACAGCAACAGAGCAGAAGGCCGAGGGACUGUUUUAUUUUAGCAUGUGCCUCCAAAAUGAACACCCGCAUCUGCUUUUCCAAAAAGAUUUUGUUUUGUUCUUUUUUGUUUUGAUGUUACAUGGAUUAUUUUUUUCUUUUCUGUUUGUUGGUCAUUGCUGGUGCACAUUUUGCUCAUCACAAACUACAUCACAAAGCUGUUUUUUUACAAUUUGGAGUCAGAUGUUAAUUUUUUUUAGAUUAAGGAGAUCAUUUGUUGCUGCUUAUUUAUUUUGGUUAAAGUCUGAGAGCCAAAUUAGUGUCAUUUAAAGCCAUAGCCUAAACUGCAAGCAGAUGCAAAGACACUGGUACUUGAAAUACUAUUCUAUAGUUUUCUGACAAUCCUCCUUGCUAACACCAAAGAACAGUUUGAAGUUACAUGGAAAGUUACGAUAUUUAUUUCAGUAUUUUUCAAGAAAACUACAAACACCAUAGUGUUUUCAUUGUGCUAUUCCUACUGUAAUCCCCCAACAAGUAUUUUGCAUGUGUAUCUGAAAGACUAUUAAAAGCAAACAUGGCAUAUCAACAGAAAUUUAAAGCAUCCACACAUCAGAAUAGCAAACUGCUGGUACAUACUAAUAAGCUUUUGGGUUUCAAUUCUGGGCCUAUUUGUCCACACUUACUCACAGAAAGGCUGAUUGUUGAGAUGCCACAUCUACCUCCUCCAUUCCCUUUUUUUUUUUUUUUUUUUUUUUUUGCUGUCUCUCUGCAACAAACUUCCAUCUCUGACCAUCAUUUUUCACAUCAGGAAAUAUUUGACUUUACAAAUCCAGUGUUAAAAAAAAACAAAAAAAUAACAUGUAAGUAGUUUAUCUUUGUUUAUCCAUGUUCUGCUGAGGUGAGAAUAAUUCAGCCCUAACAUUUCUGGAAUUUGUAUGUAUAGGAAAAACAUUUUUCUAAGGAAAAAUGUGACUGACAUCACUCUGACACAUAGUGUGUGUCAAUAUUUUGAAACACUUUGUACUGCUUUAUGCACAGAAAUGAACUAGUGUGUGUAUAAAAUGUGUAUUUAAGUGUCUUUUUAUACUCUAGUUGCAGUAGCAUUAAAAAGGGAAUAUCAUUUUGUAGAAGGGCUUAUUAUAAAAGAAGCUCGGAUGAUUUUACUGCUUUUUCCCUUUUGUCAUGUAACAGUUUAGGAAUGAAAAUAUACAGCAAAAUUGUUUUUGUAAA